AUGAGUGCCAUCGAGAGGACAACAAAGCAUCAAGUCGAUGAGCUGCGAGAAGGAGUGAAGAACAUGUCUGUCGAUAUGAGAAUGUUCUCCCUCACAAUGAGAUCCCUCUACGCCGAGAAAGCAGUGGGCACUGACGAAAAUGUUGCCAAAGAGUUCAGAAAACUCCGCGACGAUACCAGGAAUGAUGCCAUAGUGUACAUUAGGGGCAUCCUUCCUCUGACAACCGAGUUUAUCUCAUCCAUAAGCUCAUACUUUGAAUACUUCGAAGCUCUGACGUUUGUUGAGUGGUGUGAAAAUAUAUCCAUGAUUCGCAAGCAAGUUUCUGAUUACAAGAAACUCUCCAACACAAUGUUGAAAAUGUAUAAAGAGAUCUUGGCGCCCCUUAAAAAGAGGAGUGACCAGGCUUCUCUUUUAUUGGAGCAAAUGACGCACCUUACGGAAGAAUUUGAGAAGAAGAGGGCAGCACUGGAAAGAAAGGCGGGAAUCAAACGUACUUGGGCGAUAGUACUUCUCUUUUUCCCGGUCAUUGGUACGACUGCCAAUGCCAUUUUAAAAGCCCAGAGUGAUAAAGAUUUGGCAGAAGCCAUCGCUGCUGGAAAGCAAGCCGAGGUCGAAGGGGCAGCCGCCUGGGCAGUGAGAGAAGCUCUCAUUCCUGCUUUUGAGGCCUUCAUUUCUGGAAUUAAUAAAGCAGCCGGCUUCUUCUCUGUUAUGGAGCACGAAUUGAAAAAUUUCGAAAACAACGCUAAGGAGAGCGAGGACGACCCUCAAUUUAUCUUCUUCAAAAUAAUGAAGGUUGAAGCCAAGGAUAUGAAGUCUAUUUGCCGAGUGUUCUACCAAGCCUUACCAGAUAUCGAGACCGACUUCCAAGCCCUGCCUACCGAGGGCACAGACCGCAACUACGUGGACGGGUGGCUGGAAAAACAGAAAAAGAUGAUCGAAGAAGAAUGCAAAGGUAAGCUUUCCCAGAAGCUGCUGGAAGCCAUUGCAUAUGCAUUGGAAACGAAGAUGCUGCCGGUGAAAAGUCACUAA